AUGGCCUGGCGCAACCAAGGAAUCACUGGUUCUAACAACAUCCCCCUAGGCCCCCGUCGUCGUUUUGGCGAUGACGGUCAGGAGGAUGACAGUCGCACCGCGACGCCCGCGUCCAUCGGGGAUACCAGCUUCAAGCGAGGCAGGAGCCCUGUUCGAGCGGAACCAUCUAUGGACGGCGUGAAGAAGCGCAAGAAGCGUAACCGUUGGGGUGAUGCCCAGGAGAACAAGGCGGCCGGUCUCAUGGGUCUUCCGACCAUGAUUAUGGCCAACUUCACCAACGAACAGUUGGAGGCUUAUACUCUGCAUCUGCGGAUUGAGGAAAUCAGUCAGAAGCUGAGGAUUAACGAUGUCGUGCCGGCAGAUGGUGAUAGAUCGCCCUCGCCUCCUCCCCAAUACGAUAACUUCGGAAGACGUGUAAACACUAGGGAAUACCGUUACCGCAAGCGUCUCGAAGAUGAGCGCCACAAACUGGUCGACAAGGCCAUGAAGUCUAUUCCUAACUACCAUCCGCCAUCUGACUACAGACGUCCUACUAAGACCCAGGAGAAGGUCUAUGUACCUGUGAAUGACUAUCCAGAGAUUAACUUCAGUAUGAUAACUAACCCUCUAACUCCUAACCUGCUGCAUCAUUAUGUCUUAUUUGCUCUUGCUCGAGUCGAGCCCAUGAGGAUAAUGCUCUCCUCCAUACAUGGCUCGUUUCUUGCUAACCCUUUUGCUUGCUUUUUUUGCUUUCUUGCUCCACUGAUAUGA